AUGUCGUCCCCCCGACUCAUUCCCACUUGGGAGAAUUUUAAAUACGUUGUAAAUGACUUCAUAGAAGAAAACAAGGCUUUAGGUGAACCAGAGAAUGACAUAGUUGUGCUGAGUGACCGGUCCCAGAUACUGUUUAAAGAAUCUCGCUUUCCUCAAAAUAUGCCACUCAUAUGCCACUACUUCACUGAUGCCUACUUCUUUGCCUCCCUCUCUUGGAUGACAUCCUACACAAAAGAAAUACAGGCUGUAGUGUGGAUGAAGAGCAAAUCUGAGGACACGGUUGAGAAAAGAACAUUCUCCAUGACUGAGCGACUGCCACCCAUUCAGUCAAUGGUCCACACAGGUUCCUUUCACAUCCUCGUGGCCUACUGUGGUGAUCUGCUCCUGCGGCUUUUUGGGGACCACUUUCGGGCAUUUAAGCCACUAGGCGUAGUGCCCUGCCGCUUCAAUAUCAACUGCCUCUGCUAUGAUCCAGAAAUGAAAAUGCUUCUGUCUGGCAUCCUGGGGGCAGUGGUCACCUGGGUCAUUGAGCGAAGUGGCAAGGGCCUCCAAAUAGCCAACAUGUUUUCCAUGCCUGGUGAUGAGGUUGUCCAGGACAUAAUGCUGAAUGGCCCAAAUGGCUCCCUCCUAGCUCUGUGUGAGACAGUAGUGAGGGUCUUUGAGCGCCAGGGUCAAGGCCAGCUGGGAGAGGCGAAGAAGUUCAUAUCCAGCAGUGGCUCCUCUAUCACCUGCUGCUUCACCUGUAUUGAUCAGGGCUUUCUCUAUGCUGGAGACAAGAGUGGGGAAAUCCAAGUAUGGAGCCUCACUCGAAGCCAUCCCCUCCACAGUUUCAAGGCCCAUUCCUCAUUAGUCGUAUGUAUCCGCAGCCGGCCAGAGGCCCACACCCUGCUAACAGCUGGCAAAGAAGGUGCAAUCAAGGAGUGGAACCUGACUUCAGGGAACCUGCUUCGGCGACUAGAACUUGGUGAGGAGCUAUACUGCCUCCAGUUUAUUGAUGAUACUACUUUCUUCUGCCAAACUACCUAUAGUUUUUCAUUGCGCCGUCUGCCCUACUUCUAUACCCUCUUCAAUGUCUGUGGUUCUACUCCCCAGCAGGUGCGUCGAAUCUGCUGCGGAGAAAACUGGUUCCGAAUUCUGGUCACUACAGAGGAUGGCCUAUUGCGCUUUGUGUCCCCACUAACAGGGGAGCUUCUGGUUCUCACCUGGCCCUUCUCAAUUCUGGACCAUGCUGUGGAUUGGGCCUAUGAUCCAAGAAAAGAGGAGCUCUUUGUGGCAACAGGUGGCUCAGAGGUGCUGGUGUUCGACACAACCCGCUGCCCUUGCCCAGCUAAGUAUCUCAUAGGCACAUCACCAGAUUCUUAUGACUUUGUACAAUGCCUGGCUUAUGGGCAUUUCCACCUGGGGCGAGGGCUAGAAGGACUGAUAUUCUCUGGGCACCAGAGUGGUAUGAUAAGAGUGCUCUCCCAGCACAGCUGUGCCCGAAUAGAGAAAUUAGUGCAUUUGGGGGCUGUACUGGCACUUUCUACAAUGUCUGGAGGGAUUCUUGGUAGCCGAGAAAACUCUUUGCUCUGUUCCUACGGAAUGGAUGACUAUGUACACCUGUCAGAAGCUGUGUUUACUGAGAUCAGAGUACAACUGCAGCCUGUUGCCAGCAUUCUCAGCAGCUGUCACCUAAAACACCUGAUACUCUUGCCUAAGACUGUGGGUGCCAUCACAGACGCCAACUGCCUGCGUCUCUGGAAGUUCCAUGAUUUUAUGUCUGCUGUGUCACAGGAAAGUUCAAAGUUCAUUGAGACUUUGCCUCUGCACCAAUGUACCAUCACAUCCUUUGAUGUCUGCUUGCCCUUGAGUCUUUUUGUCACAGGUGGCAUUGAUGGCUCUGUCCGAAUAUGGGACUUUCAUGGUAGACUCAUAGCCAUGCUGGACUCAUCGCUGCACUUUGGCCCACUCUGCUUUGCUAAUGACCGGGGCGACCUGCUCGUGACUUUCAACCAGAGUCUGUAUCUGGUGUCUUGCUUAAAACUGCUUCCCCCCUCCGUGCUAUCCCGCCUUUCCUUUAUGACUAUGACAGAUGAAGUGCUAGAAGUCCCUAAGCCUUUUAUACCAGGCUUUUUCUUCUCCUUUGAGACCAUGUUUGUGCCCAAGUAUAUCUACUGUGGUCAUGGAAAACAGGAAUUAGUAGGUCUGGAGACUCUUGUCAAUAAGCGGGCCAUUGCCUUUGACAACUCUGUGCCACAUGUCAUAGAAGAAGAUACAGAUGGGGGCCCUAUAUUACUGGGUACUUCCACACAUGAUGCUUUGGAAAAGAUGGGAACUGACGGGACAGAGAUGAACAAACCUCACCAUACCCAAUAUGUGGUUCCUCCCCAAUUACAGCUAACUAGCUGGGAUGGACUUAACCCCUAUCAGAUAUUGCGAUGCUACUUUGGUCAUGGGCGGAAAUGGUUCCUUGCCCCUGAUUGCUACAUCCCCAACUCAGUGAUCCGUGCUCGUCUUUGGCCAGAGGGAAGUCCAAUAUUCUUACAGUGCAAUCUGCACUCACCCCAGCGGGAACUGAAAUGGGACAAGUCCGAACCAUUCUCCUUUUGGCAUGGCAAAGUAAGAGCUCUAAGUGAUCUAGGAGAAUUUGCAGAGGAGGAUGAUGAGAGCCUCAUAAAAUCAAGACUAGGCAAGGAUGUAAACUACAGUUUCCUUACAGAUGCAGCAAACCGCAGUUGGCUGGGAAGAAAAAUGAGUGAAAUGAAUGAAAUAGCUGUUAGUAGCCUGAUUGAGACAAUCCUCGGUAUUAUGAUCCGUGCUGUUCCACUGAAGUACCAAAGCUGCAUUGGUGCACUAGGGCAGAUAUUUGCCUCUUAUCAGGUGUCUCCAUCCCUGCGCUCUGAGACAGCCCAUCGUCUGCUGGAUGAUACAACCAAUUCUAACCCAUUGAUCCGAGAAUUAGCCUGGGAAGGGUUGAAGCGUCUAGGAAUGAUUACUCAUCUCUUUGCCUUGCCUCUGGCUCAAGGAUUAAUGGAUAAGGACCAAAGAGUGAGGAGUAAGGCACUGCUGCUCAUGGCUGAGACUGGAAUCCACUCUAAGACCUCACUCUUAAACUUGAUCCAGAAAAGAGAAACUUACAGAGAUAUGCAGCAAGAAAUGGUUGGGGAGGAAUCCCUGGAUCAUCUUCUGGGGAUGCGACCCACAGACCUCCAAAUUCUUCACACUCAAGUGGAGCAGCGACUAAAUGAAAACCUGACCUUGGCAAAAGGAGAUAAAAAGCCUGAUUUUUCUCUGGAUGUCUCAAAGGUUUCCGAACAUCUAUACCCUCCCACACAACGUCCCUCAUUUUCUGAAGAGUAUGAACUCAAGCACAGCAAAGGCCCAAAACGAAGCCGAGCAGCAGGCAGAAAGCAAACCCGAAAGUUGUUGCGAAGUCUCAGAAGGAUAAAAGAGGGAGAGUCUAAACAGAUAAGCAUAGAGCCAGUUCCUGUAGAGGGUGAAAGUGAAGAGGUACCAGUUGAGAUGGAGGACACAGUUUCCAAGUCAUCAACUGUCAGUUUAAUAAAAGGCUCAAAAGAUGCUGAACAAUCAGAUAAAGAUUCCUCAAAGGAACAUAUUGCUCUGACCCUGAAGAUGCUGAAGAAAUUACAUGGCAAAAAAGGCAAGAAAGCAACAGCUCAGAAACCCACAAAAGUGCUCAAGAAAAAAAGAAAAGAAACUGAAGAUUUCAUCGAGGAACCUCCAGUUCCUGUAGUGGAAGAACCAGUUAUAAGAAAAGUUAAACCCUCUGGGCGGGGUGCUUCUGGAGUACCUGGCCACAGGGUUAUCCCUGGAGAUAUCUCAUCAUGGCGGGAUGACUUGUGUCGUCUUAUGACUCUGAGGAUAUCUGGUUCCCAAACAAAAAUGUCAGAAGAUCUAAACAAGGAGCUAGUGACGGUGGCUCGGGAGAUGCUGGUGGAUCGGCAACCCAGCUGGGAACUCUUUCAGAAGAUCUGCCCAGUGCUGAAGAAAGAAAGCGAGGAAGUGCUUGAGGACACUGACUGGGAUGUAGUCUGGCCAGAGGAAAAAACAAUUUUUAUCCAUGAAGAAGCAAUUAGAGAGGACAUGGUGAUUGGGGGUGAGAAAGAGAUAUCAGAGGGGCAAGAGCAAGAGAGAAAGGAAGAAAAGGAUAUGCAAGGCUUGGAAGAAGUGAUAACAAAAAAAGGCAAAAAAAAGAAAGUUUUAUUUUUAGAAUCAGGUGAUCAACUCAAGGGAAAACUAAAAUCAAAGAAAGAAGAAAAGAAAUCCUCUAAGAAGUUAUCUAGGCCAGAAAGGACAGUAAGUCAGGAAGAAAGGAAAGUAGGUAAAAAAGAGAGGGAAAUGAUCAAGGAAGAGAGGGAUGUGAGUAAGGAAGGGAGGAAAACAUCCAAACCAAAAGAGGAAGUGGUUGAGCCAGAAGAAAAAACAGAUAAGGCUGAGAGAAAGCUAACGUGGCAGGCAUGGAAGAAGUCCUGGGAUCAGUGGAAACAGGCCUCCGAUGAAACGAAGAUAUCCUGGGAUGAAUGGAAGCAAGAAUGGGACAGAAGCCAUCUUCAGGAAGAGGAGGAUGAAGAGGAGGAUGAAGAGGAGGAAGAAGAGGAACCAUACCCAGAUGAGGAAACACAGAAGGGGGAGAAGAAGAAGCGGACAUGGGAUGAGUGGAGACAGAUCUGGGAAAAAAUGUCAUCCAAAUCCAAGGAAAAGCAGAGAGAGAUCUGGGAAAAAAUGUCAUCCAAAUCCAAGGGUGAGAAAGAACUGACUCUGGAGGAAGAAGUGUCCCAGGAGUCUGAAGAAGAAGAAAAGCCAGUCACAGAAAAGCAGAGACAGAUCUGGGAAGAACAGAAACAAGCCAGGAUAAAGAGGAAACAAGCCAAAGCAGAAAGAAAACGAGCCAAACAAGAGAGGAAACUAGCACAGGAAGAAGAGAAACUUGCACAAGAAGAGAGAACUGCUCAGGAAGAGAGAAAACUGGCCCAAGAAUAUGUGAAAAUGUUCCUGAGAGAUGGGAAAAUGGCCCAGGGAGAGAGGAUAUUUGCCCAUAAAGAGGAACAACUGGCUGAAAGAGAGGAGAAGCUACACCAGGAAGCAGAGCAAGUAGCCCAGCAAAAGAAGAAACUGGCCAAGAAAUCAGAGAAAAUAGCUCAGGAAGAGGAGAAGCUAGCCAAGAAAGGAGAGAGAAUAGCUGAUAUAAAAAAUGCCUUGGACCAGAAAGCAGAAAUACUAACUCAGAAGGAGCAAAGUCUAGGAGAGCGAAAGGAGCUGGCCAAAGAACUGAAGGGACUAGCAUGGGACAUGGAGGAACUGGCUAGGAAAGAAGGUGCACUGAAUGAGGAAGAAGAGAGACUUGUUGAAGAAAAGGAGGAACUGGCUCAGGAUGAGGAGACACUGGCCUUGCAAGAGGAGAAUCUGGUUAAGGAAGAGGAGAAGCUGGCCAAGGAAGAAGAGCUGCUGAUCCAGGAGGAGAAGUUGGCCCAGGACAAGGAAAAAAUGCCUGAGAAAGAGGAAAGACUGGCCCAGAGAAGGGAGAAACUGAUGGAGAACAAAGAGAAACUGGUUCAGGAAUGGAAAACACUGACCCAUAACAAGGAUGAACUUGAACAGAAUAAGAUGAGACUGGCCCAGAAAGAGGAGAAUCUGGCUGAAGAAAAGAAGAAGUUAGCUCAGGAUGAAAAAUUGACUCAGAAACAAGAUAAUUUCCUCCAUAUUAAAGAAAAACUCGCCCAGGGGAGAGAGCAAUUAGCUCAGUUAAAGAGUAAACUGGAUGUGUACAAGGAGAAACUAGUUCAGGGAGAGAAGAGGUUGAAACAGGAGCAGGAGGCAGUGGCCCAGAAGAAGGAAAGACUGGCUGCUGUAGAGAAGAAACUGAUUCAAACAGAAGCAAUUCUGGGUGAAAACCAGGGGAAAUUAGCCCAGGAAAAGUUGCAACUGGCUGUGGAGAAGGCGUCAAUGUUCCAAGAGAAGAAAUUGCUCAAAGAAGAGCAGGAUAUUGCUAAGGAGGAAAAGGCAUUGAACACAGAAAUGCAGAAGGUGGCAGAGAAGACGAGGUUGAAUGAGACACAAAUUCUCUCCAUGGAGGGAAGGACUCAAGAAAUCCCCAAACAGGCAAAACUGACUAAGCAUGAGAUGGCACUAAUUAAGAAGAAACUGUCACUGGAGGAGAAGAUACUAGUCUAUGAAGAUAGGAUGCUGGCUACAGAGAAAAGGGACAUUGCCAAAGAAAAACUGGAAUAUACUGGAGGGCAGAGACUAUAUGUCCAAGAGGAAAGGAAGUUAGCCAAAGCAUUAAGGAAGGAAAGUAAGGCUAUUUCCAAGCAACCAAGAAAAGUCAGCAGAAUCUUAAAGGUUCUUCAAAAACUUAUCCAUGAUGAAAGGGAUUUAACCCAGGAAAAAAUAAAGUUGACAAUUAAGAGGUCACUCUUUGUUAAGGAGAACAUGUUGACCAUGGAACAGAACAAACUUGAUAGCAAACAGUGGGAUUUUUCUAAGGAACAUGAAGAAAUGACCACAGAUGAGAAGAAACUGGCUAAGAAACAGAGGAAAACUGGCAGGAAAUGAGGAAAAGUGAUAAAACUAGAGAAAAGAGUGGCUGAGGAAGAAAGAAGAUUGGCCAGAGAACAUAGAGAAGUCACACAGGCUGAAGAGAGGGAAGGAAUAAUAGAGGAAAUAAAAGAGGCAACUCCAUUUCCUAAACAAGAGGGGAGAAAAAGAAAACAGUUGAAGGGAGUUGUUACCCCAAAGGGAAAGUUUUAUGGUCAAACAGAUGAGGUGGAAAGUGAAAAGAAAUUUUCUAAAGAAAUAGAAAACCUAUUAGAUGUAGAACAAAAGAGUUCAUCUGGGGAGGAGGAGGAAGAGGAAGAGAAAGAGGAAGAAGGGGAAGAGAGUGAAGAGGAGGAGGAGGAGGAGGAGGAGGAAGAAGAGGAGGAAGAGGAAGAAGAAGAGGAAGAAGAAGGGGAAGAAGAAGACAGAAGGGGAAGGAGAAGGAGUAGGUGUAGGAGUAGAAGAAGGAGAAAAAGAAGAGAAGCAGCUAAGGAAGUGGAGGAGAUGGAGGAGGAGGUGGAGGAGAUGGAGGAGGAGGAGGAGGAGAUGGAGGAGGAGGAGAAGAAGGAGGAGGUGGAGAAGGUGGAGGACGAGGAGGAGAAAGAAGAAAAGAGGGAUGAGAAGAAAAGAAGAAAAAGAAAAAGAAGAGGGAAGGAACUACUAGGAAGGAAAAUGAUCCUUUCUGUUGUAAAAGGUAUCCCUCCAGAAAAAGGCCAGUGCUAUAAAACUGGAUAGGCCACAAGUCCUUCCAAGGAAAGCAUCUCGGUAGCUCUGAAGAUGGGAGAGAAGAUACCAGCACAGUUGGAAAAACAGAUAUCCUUGGGAGAAGAGGCCACAGUACUCAAGACAUCUAGAACAUUCCCAAAGAUGGAUAAAGAAAAAGAACUGUUACCAAUAUAUAAGCCCACAUCGCUACCUGUUUUAGAUUCAAUUUUGGAGUCCCAAGAGCGGGACUACAUGUUUAAGGGACCCACGGGAGCUCAAAACGCAAAACUACUACGUACCAAGUGGAAGUGGUUUUUGCAACGUCAUCCAUCUCUCAUUGGACAGACUAAGGUACGGUUCUCUCUCUCUCAAGUCCUGGCAGAGAAAUAUCCAGAGGCCAGCCUCUCAGAUGUCGAGUGGCUCCACCAUGUCCUAGAACGGAUGGAAGCAGGAGAAGAGCUUUCCAGGGAUAGUUUCCACAGACUAUGUCAGCUCCUCAAAGACCUCACCUCAAAGGGAGACUUAGAAUGGCUGCACCGGGCAAAACUUGAAGCCAUUGCAUACUAUCACAAGCAGGCCCUGGAAUCACGAGGCACAGGGACCUCAAAAUCCAGUUGGGAGUUCAUGACAAAACGCCUGAAAGUGAUUCCUCCAAUAAAAGGGAAGGAAAAGCAGAGUCUGCUAGAACCUUUGGCUGUUCCCACCCCAGAGUCCCUAGUUACCAAGAGGUUACCAGACCCAAAGGCUACAAACUGGCAUCUUCUAGGAGAGCCUUACAGAAGUCAACGAAUACAGCGGUUAUCAGAUGCUCUCAAAGAGAUGGAGACAAGACACUUUUAUCCUGCCGAAGAGACAUUUCAGAGGUGCUCAUACUUCUGUGGACAACAAACCCUGGCACUAAUGUUUCAAAAGGACUUAUGGAAUUUUAAGGGUAAGGGCAGGUUUCCCAAAUUACCCAAGUUGGAGAAGGAGACACAACCCAUUUCAAAAAAAAAAGAGGAGGUACCUCCAUGGGAGACAUUUGUAGCCCUGUACCAUGUCUUGCGGAUGCUACAGCAGAAAUAUGCCAAUGAUACCACCGCAUGGAUGGAACAGUUCCACCAGCUCAUGGACCUGUACCAGCUUAAGUCCCCCCGAAUCCAGAGGCUGCUACAAGAGCUGCUUCUGAGAGAGGAACCUCAAUCCCAAGAGAUCGGACAAGAGGCCCUGAAGGCCAUGGAUCUAGUGCCCUGGGAGCGGUUGUUCUGUUUGGUUUGUGGGGGCUCUCACACCCCAAGAAGCCCUCUGAAGUUCCAGGGUGUAAUACCCCUCCCUGGACAGAAUAAUGUGCGUACUCUCCUUUCCAUAGGCAUUGCCCAGUAUGGAAUCUUAGAACUUGCCUGGAAGAGCCUGCCCCAGGCUGAUACUCACUCACCAAGGACUCACUCUACAUCAUUGCUCCCACUCUCUGAUUCAGGAUGGGGCUGGAUUGCAGAACUUUUCAUUCUCAGCUGGAGAAAUGCCUGGUCAUUAGUAUGUGGACCCUCAUUGCUAGGGGCCCACAAAGAUUUUAGAAUCAGAUCAAAGCCUUUUCCAACCCAGAUGUGGAAACCAGUUUCUAUAUGA